GGGCCUAUCCUAAACCCCCAACUGUAUUUUACCCUUCACCCAUCACAAUAAAUAUAAUUGAUUAUAUCUACAUUUUUCUAUCAGUCUUGUUCGCUUAGAUCUUGUUCACUGAAUCUUGUUCUUUAAAUUCUUCAAAAGGGUCUCCUCAAAACUGCAAAUCUUGAACUGGGUCACUCUCAUUUUCGGAGAAUAUGAAGGUCACUGUCACUACACGAAGUGGUAGAGAGCUCAUCAAGGGUCAGCUUGAGCUCAAUGAUUCUGCUACUGUGACUGAUCUGCAGGAGGCAAUUCAUAAGCGGACCAAGAAAUACUAUCCCUCCAGACAGAGGCUAACCCUCCCGAUUAAACCUGGCUCAAAGGAGAAGCCUACUGUUCUUCAGUCUAAGAAAAGUCUCAAAGAGUAUACUGAUGGCAAUAUAGACCAAUUAACAAUAGUGUUCAAGGACUUAGGUCCUCAAGUUUCAUAUCCUAUACUCUUCUUUUGGGAAUACUUGGGUCCUCUUCUUAUCUAUCCAAUCUUUUACUUCUUCCCUGUAUACCAAUACCUUGGAUUCAAAGGGGAGCGUGUAAUCCACCCCGUUCAAACUUAUGCCUUGUAUUACUGGUGCUUCCACUACUUUAAACGGAUCAUGGAAACAUUUUUUGUCCAUCGUUUCAGCCAUGCAACAUCACCACUUUCGAAUGUGUUUCGAAACUGUGCUUAUUACUGGUCUUUUGGUGCUUACAUUGCUUACUAUGUCAAUCACCCUCUGUAUACACCAGUAACUGACCUUCAAAUGAAAAUUGGAUUUGGUUUUGGUAUCCUUUGUCAAGUUUCCAACCUCUAUUGCCAUAUAAUACUGAGGAACCUUCGGGGUGACGGAAGUGGAGGCUAUCAGAUCCCAAGUGGAUUUUUGUUCAAUAUUGUGACUUGUGCAAAUUACACCACAGAAAUAUAUCAGUGGCUGGGCUUCAAUAUUGCAACACAGACUGUUGCAGGCUAUGUCUUUUUGUUUGUUGCUGCUUUUAUCAUGACGAACUGGGCUCUUGCAAAGCACCGUCGUUUAAAGAGGCUCUUUGACGGGAAGGAAGGCCGACCUAAGUAUCCCAGAAGAUGGGUGAUACUACCCCCAUUUCUGUAAGCGGUUAUCGACCUUGAGACUAAUCUCUUCGGUUCAGAGAUCAGGAUUCAGCAAAACUCAAAUGUAACCUUUGCUCGUUAUUGCAGUAGUUUACGGUUGAAAACUUUGUCAGGGAUUUAAGGAUUAAGGAUUUGCCCUUUUUAUUGAUUAUCAUGAUUGCUUAUAUAUUCAUAGACAUUGUAUUUGUAGUGGACAAACAGUUCCAUCUCCAUUAAAAUUGCUUGAGACUAUCUUUAAUGUAUGAAAUUACUUCCUUCUCAAAUUCAAAUGCUCAGCUUAUUGGUACUCA